CACAACAAAGCGGCAGCACAAUCGCGUCUUUCCCCAGCAAACCCAGGGAAUUAUGGCUUUUUAAACUGAAAUUAUCGCUCUCCUCGCCUUUACUGUGCUUUGCGUCUGCAACGCACUCUAACACAACGACAAACUUCGCAAGAAUGGAGGCUCACAAUGUUCGCCCAGCUCUGUCCACUGCGGCUCGUCUCUCCAGCGCUCACGCAUCCUAUACGUUUGACGUUCUGAAUCGAAACAGAAGACAUGAUGGCGGCGUCGGCUCCUCUCUGGAAAACUCCUCUUGUUUGCCCCGUAGACCCCCUCGCUCUCUCUCCCCGACUGGCUAACCCCAACCAAUCACAGGGGCGGAGGGGGGAGGAGUCAGCAGAAAGCCAGCACUUAAUUGGUGAUGGUCUUGCUGACUGGAUGACGGAAAAAGUCGAUUUUUCCUCUUACCUUCCUACUUGUCACUCCUCUCCUGAUUCGUCCCUCCCCCCCUCCCCUCCCCAGCAUGAUGUUCAAGUCCCCUCUGACUUGGAGGUCAUGACAUCUCUACUGCAGGAGGAGCUUGCUCAACUCGAGGAUUACUUCCUGUCCGAGUCGACCCCAAAGAAAGCAGAAAAAUUGGAAAAAUGUGACAAAGUUCCCCCGGCAAUGGGUCCCCAGUCUUACUACCAGUUGCCUUACGCUUCGUACGGCUCUAGCCAAUCAGAAUCUAGCCCACUUCUUGUUACCCUGGCAACUGGGGAACUCGACCUGCUGAGCUUCUGCGGUGGCCCCAUUGGCCGACCGAAAACGCCUCGCCCCGCUCCCUACAGCUGCAGCCGCCCUCACGGCCAUGGGCGCAAGCGGGGGUGCGACGGGGUCAAGGCGGACGGGCUGGAGGGCAGUGUUUGGAAUGCCAAAGCUAAUAGCUCAGGUAGCCCAGAGGGGGCGCUUAGCUACUGUUGCAUGGAGGAAGAGAAGGUGGCUGGGAAGGAAUACUGUGUCGGUAGCGCGGUCAAGAUUAGGGACUGCGCCAUAGUGCUGAAGGAGGAAGACAGCUACUGUCUGCCAGAAGGUGUUGGUGGGGAUAAGAUGGCGCGGGGGUACUGCCUGGCGGGGGCCAUGGACAGCCCGCACAGGAAGGAAGGCCAGGUGAUGUACGGUGUAAAGGAGGUUAGUGGCGGUCAGGAUGGCAUGGAGUUGGAGCCGCUGCACGGCGAGCGAGGCGCCGAGGCGGCGCAGAUGAUGGGGAGAGAGGCGGUGGCGGGAGAGGGCUGCUUCCUGCAGGCGCCGGCGGGGGUGGAGUCCUACCACGGCUUCCUGGGGGGGGUAGAUGAGUCCAUGAGAGCGGGGGCUUUGGACGCAGGGUGCCAACAUGGUGACUACAACUUCUCUGAUUUCCUGGGAGACCAGCGCUCCGUCUGCUUGUCGAGAGGAGAGGGGGACGGCCUCGAGCUGGGCUCGGCUGGUCUCAGAUCAGUGCAGGGGCUGAAGGGGGAUGGCCUCGAGCUGGGCUCGGCUGGUCUCAGAUCAGUGCAGGGGCUGAAGGACGAUCCCUGUCCGGUGAAGCUGGAGCUGGAGGCUGCCCCUCUGGAGCCCAGCUAUGGAGAGCGCAAGCAGAAGAAGAGAGACCAGAACAAGACUGCCGCUCACAGGUACAGACAGCGCAAGAGGGCGGAGCUGGACUCCCUGGAGGAGGAGCUUCAUGGGCUGGAAGGGCGGAACCGCGAGCUUCGUGACAAGGCGGAGUCAGUGGAGCGGGAGAUCCAGUAUGUGAAAGAUCUUCUGAUCGAGGUGUACAAGGCUCGGAGCCAGCGCCUGAAACAGGAAGCCAAUGGCUAACGAUGGCCCCUCCCCUGUCACGCCCCUGACCCCGCCCCCAGCACUCCAGCCUGCAGGGAAAAGGAGGCCCUCGGCAUGUGAUACGUGAUUGGAAGCUGAUGGCAUGCUGUAGGUUGUUGGUGUUUUUAUUAUUUUUUUUAAAAUAUUUUUUAAUGUUUGAUUUAUUGCUAUGUUUGAAAAUUGAUUAGCUACUUUCAAUCUUGGCAUAUAAUGUACUGAUGAUAAUGUCCGCUAGCACUGUGAAAACAUCUUUUAGAAUAAUACACUUUUGUACGAGUCUUCUGCUGCGGGGAUAAUCAUUCGAGACAGUUUCUCCAUCCGGUGUGAAAGGAGCCACGCCUCACUUCCAGAGAACACUUGACGCUGUCUUGUAGACUGCCUUCUACGGUUGAGUUACACUCGCUCAGUCUCCUCAUUUACAUGACAGAAGUUGUUAUGGACUGAAUAACUUCAAACGUCUGACCCCCCAGCUCCUGUAGCUGUAAGUAAGAAUGGGAGAGUACAUGGAGUCCAGAGGGGAGGAUGGGUCCUGAGAGAGCGCGCACUGUUCAGGAACAGGGGGCUGGAUGGAGCUUUUCAUUGGCCCACAUCUUCACCAGGUCAUUGAUUAUCGUCCCAGUGAAACUGGCAAAUGCAUUUUGAAGUUAUUCAGUCUUUGCUCUGUCUGACGUCACUGCUCAGAUACCUGCUGCAUGUGUAAUCUCCUUAGAGCAUGUCCGUGCGUAGCUCGACGAAGGGUGCGUGAUGCUCAUUUUUGUAAACUGCAUGGCUUUCUUUACUUUUCAGUGGAACGCAAUAUUUUCUAACUGAUGCUGUAUAGCUACUGUGCACAGAUAUUUGGCAGCUGCCCCCAGACUUUACCCUCAGAGAAGUUCAGCCCUUAUUGGACGUUUCACCAUGAAAAAACAGCCCGUUCCUCACUUUGCUCUUGAUUUUUUCCACCUGCUGAAUCUGCGAAAAACAAUCACUUCCCCAAAACUUUCACAGAUUGUGUAACUAACUUUUCAGAAUGAGAGCAAGGAGAAUUUUUUAAUAUGUUCUAGAGCAGUUUGCUUUUGAAUAUUCUUCCUUAGCGUGUGUUUGGUAGCUUGUGAUGUUCUAAAAGCUUAUAGUUUUCAAAGAUGCAGUGUCUCUUCAGUUUAGCAUUUUAUUUGCAGUCGUUUGGACUUUAGAGGGCAGCUGGAUUUUGUGUUGAUUGAUCUGUCUGUUUGAUGUGAGUAAAAUAGGGUACCUAAGGCAAAGGCAUUUUCAUAUUCGGAUAGAAAAUGUGUUUUGAGAACAAAUAUAUAUCCUAAGUAAUUACAACCAAAUAAGAAACAUAUCCACCCUUCUGUGUGUUUUUUUCCUGUGGAAUGUUACUUUUUAUGUCUGUGGGAAUGCCGCAUGGAUUAUUUGCAUAUGUUCAUUUUAAAUGGCAGCGUCAUAAAUAUUUGAUAUUUCAGACACAAGCAAGAGUAGGACACUGCAUAAUUGGAAAAUGCUUUUUUACUUAUUGGCGAUGUACAAUCAUUGGGUUUAAAUAGCUCAUAUGCAAUCUAUUGUAUUGUCAUUUUGUGCUGUAUGCUUGAAAUGUGCUCAAAUAUUUGAGCUAAAUGUAUAUUGCUGUUUUUAUAGCAGGGAAUUCUGUAGGUCAAAUACAAACAUAAGCCCACUUUUCUAUCUGAAAUAUUUCUAUGUAAGCCCAGAACUCUGCUUUAUGUAAUCAUUUCUUUUAUCCAAAUAAAGUGGUUCGUG